UCUGCAUGAUACGCCCCGAGAAAGUGUUUUUCCUGGCUAUUGACGGUGUUGCUCCUAGAGCCAAAAUGGAACAAAUGAGAAGUGGAAGGUUUUCCCGCUGCCAAGGUGAUGAGAAAUCAAAAACUGCAGCCACAGAAAAGGGCAAAAUUUUGCCCCCAGGAGAGCCCUUUGAUCCGAACUGCAUCACUCCCGGCACAGAGUUCAUGGAUCGCCUGGACCAAAAAUUUCAGAAUUUUAUCACCUCAAAAAUCUCCAAUGAUCCUUCAUGGCAGUCGUGUACUGUCAUCUAUUCUGGGCAUCAGGCUCCAGGAGAAGGCGAGCACAAAAUCAUGGACUACAUCAGGUAUCACCGCAGCCAGCCAGGCUACGAUCCUCAUACGCGCCACUGCCUCUACGGCCUCGAUGCUGACCUCAUCAUGCUGGGCCUCGCCUCACAUGAGCCUCACAUUGCCCUGCUCAGGGAGGAGAUGAAGUUACGAGGUCACUUCCGAUUAGCCAAACGCCCAACAGCCACUGAAGAAACCACGUACCUGUGGCUGCAUCUGAGUCUCCUGCGAGAGUAUAUCAACCAUGACUUCCAAGACAUCAGUGACAAGUUAUCAUUCAAAUAUGAUUUGGAAAAAAUUAUCGACGACUGGGUUUUCAUGUCAUUCGUGUUGGGAAAUGAUUUCAUCCCUUGCUUGCGCCCGAUGCAGAUCGAUGCAUUACCAGAGCUCUUUGACGCUUACAAGAGCGUCAUGCCAGAGCUGGACGGAUACCUCAAUGAAGCAGGCACCCUCAACCUGCCGAGGUUUCAGGAGUUCAUGGCUAAGCUGGCCGAGUUUGAUUACUUGAAUUUUCGCCUUUCGAAAACCGCUCUACAGUACAUCGAAAGUCAUGAUGAAAGCACACUUAUCCAGACCACAGACGCUCUCCAAAAUGUCAACAAUGAAGCGGAAAACAAUUUUAAUAAUAAUAAAGAGGAAAGCAAUGUCAGCGGUGAUAAUGAAGAGGAAAGCAAUGUCAACGAUGAUAAUGAAGAGGAAAGCAAUGUCAACGAUGAUAAUGAAGAGGAAAGCAAUGACAACGGUGAUAAUGAAGAGGAAAACAAUGUCAACGGUGACAAAGAAGAGGAAAACACUGUCAACGAUGAUAAUGGAAAUGAAAACAAUGUCAAUGACGUAAAAGAAGCGGAAAAAAAUUUCAACGAUGAAAAGAAAGACAAUUCUUAUGAUGGAGGUGAGCUUGGUGGUAGUAUCUCUUGGGCAGCUCUUGAUGACGAUGAGAUCGUCCAGCCUGCUGAAGAGACUCUCCGGAAUCUUGAUAUUCGCGACCGUGAUCUCAUAUCUGGCGUCGAAGAAAACCACGACCUUACAGGAGAAUUUCUUGAGCAUAGGCGCAAAUAUUACGUCAGUGAAAUGGGCUACGCGGUUGAUGUCACAUUGGAUGUCAUAAGUCGGGAGCAGACCGGCAGCUACGUAAGAGGACUGCAAUGGAUCCUGCAUUACUACUACAACGGUAUUCAGUCAUGGUCUUGGUAUUACCCCUUCCAUUGCGCACCUUACAUUUCAGACAUCAAAGAUUUCUCUGACUGCCCCAUGGAGUUCGAACUAAGCCACGCCAUGAUGCCGUUUGAACAGCUGAUGGCCGUCCUGCCGCCCCAGAGCGCCCAGCUGCUGCCUCAGUGCUACGCUGACCUCAUGCUCAGCCCAGACUCGCCUAUCAUCGACUUCUAUCCGCGUGAACAUGACCGAGAAGCUGAGCCACGCAUGCCUUUCAUUGACGAGGAACGUCUGCUGGAGGCCAUGUCUAAAGUGAGCCAUCGUCUCACUGAAGACGAGCGACGACGCUCUGUUCAUGGUCCCACGCACGUCUACAACUUCACGCCGGACGACCUCGGUGCAUACGAGAGUCCCGAGCAUUUCCAACCGGUUUGCAUGAACCAUGCCAAGUGCGACUUGAUUCACGGAGAGGCGUGGAGCAUCCCUAGGGAGGAUAUCCUGAGGGGCUUGUGUCCUGGAGCGCAGACUGAGCUUUACUUCCCAGGCUUCCCUUCGCUCAAGAAUCUGGCGCAUACAAAUCGUGUUGGGCGUGUCUACGCGCAAGCGUUCCAGCAAUCCAUCAUCCUUGAAGUGCCAGAUGCCUUCUUUUGCCCGCACCCUUCGUUCGAGUGGUUCAAGAAGAUCGCUCAGGAACUCCUAAACAAAAUCGUCUACGUUGACUGGCCGCAUCUUAGAGAAGCUCUGGUGGUUGGCUUGAGCUGCGGCAGGUUCAGAGUCUCCCUGUUGCCCGGCGCCUCAUCCAUGAUUAAAAUCGAAGUGUUUAACGACAAUCCGCUCUACGGAACUUCGCGAGAACAAAGAGAAUUCCUCAGAGCUGCUAAUGCCCUUCGCUCUGACCUUCUCUACAAGUGGGGUAUCGAUGCUGGCCGCUCCAGCCUCCUAGUGCACUGCAAGCCCAUCGCUGGCAGACGUUACGUGGUGACCUCGUGCGGCAAGUGGUCCCUGAGCUACGAGUGGUCGCCGGCCACGCAGACAUACCUCGCGCAGACUCUGGUACGGGACAUCGCAGUCUGCGACCCAACACUCCCCAAGACCUGCAGUCUUGAUCAGCUCUUCCCUGCUGGCACCAAAGUCUUCAUGCUCGGACAACCCCACCACGGUUGUUGCGCCACGGUGCUGGAGAACUCGCCCAGCAACAAAGCUGAUGCUGGAACCAACGACGAAGUUCUUGUUCGAGUUGAGACGCGUUACGAGCCUGACUUGAGCCGCCUCAAGUCAUCAGUCCCGGGACAUAAAUACCUGCACGCAUUCGAGGUGGGCGAACGCCUGGGUAUGUCGCAGGAGACGGUGAUGCGCCUCGCAGGCACGGUGCUGAUGGUGCUUAGAUCAGACCCUGACGAGCCUCCAUUGACCCCCACCUUACCUAAGCCUAAGAUCAACAUUGGACUUGACCUCUUGUUCUUCAAACAGAUGCAGGAGGUACUCGGCUACAGUCACCGCCACAGCGACGGCUUGUGGCUGUUCACGGAAGAGACGGUGGCUCUGCUCGAGGCUUACAACGCGAAGUUCCCCCGCUUCGUCGAGGCAGUUUGUAGAACCCGCGGCGACGUUACUGAGGAGGAGCUCUUCCCGGGACCCAACGGAGAGGAUGAAUGCGACUCACUCUUGGACUUCCUGAUGAAGUCUGAAGGCGCACGCAGCGUAAGGCGAUCGUUGGGUUCCGAGUUGCUGGCGCCCGAGGCCGUGUCUUGA